AUGUCUCCUUCACCUCCAGGUGAUGGCCGAGGUCGUGUCAUCCGCUGGGGACCCGUGGAAGAGUACUACCCUUAUCGACGCGAGGGAAGAUAUCCCGUGAGGCGAGGCACGGCUGAGACAGCUGAAAGGAUUCGCGUUCGCAAUGGCAGCGGAUCGGUACCAAGGCCACCUCCUCGACGGUCCAUGGAUGACGUGCCUCUCGAGGUUUACCGCAGAAGGCCUCAACGACAGUAUAGAGAUGCAGUCCCUGUACAAACUUACACAGAAUGGGAAAUACCUGCCCAGUUACCAGUCAAUGACCCCACUGGACCUGAGAGGCAGUAUACAGAGUCUCCACGUCCAAUUGAGAAUGAAGAAGACGGUGAAAAGGAAGAAUCAAGAAGACAGCCCUCAUACGAUAGGGCAGAAUUCAUUUGGCGUAGGAAGAGUCGGUCAAGAUCACCAAUCUACUCUCAUUACGAGGCUCCGAGGCACAAUAGAUAUCGCUCCCACGAGACUAAUUCAGGCACAAGUGAAAGCGACAACGACUGGUACACGAGGAGGCUGAGAGCAGAUAGCUUCUCAAGUGAUGAUUUUGAUCCCUACGAUAAGUUUGAUUUCUCCACCCAGGCUCAGUCUAUAAUCACAGAGUCUUCAAAGGGUGACGAUUCUGAUGCUGAACCACCCGAGUCUGAAGAACAUGUUGCUCUUGCCAAGGGUGGUAAAGGUGGCAAGACGCGCUCUCAUUUGGCUUUUAUUGAUUCCUCGCUCUAUACUGGAAAUGCUGAGACGGGAAGCUCUCAUACUGCGACGCUGAAUGUGAUUCACGAUUUGAAAGGGCAGAAACGGUCCCUGUUCAGAUGGCUCCAUGUGCCGCAAGAUGUCAUGAACUUUGAAGAUUUAUGGGUAGGCCAUACAAGAGGGACUUGA